AAAUAUCAUUUCAAGAUGUGCUCAAUAUAAAAAUUAAUGACAUAUUUUACUAACUGUUGUACUAUUUGCAUAAAAUAGUACAAUUUUACUACUUGCACUAUUCUUUAUAAUAUUUUACACUAAAUCUUUAAAACCCAGUGUGUACUUUGCACGUACAGCACACAUCAAUUUGGACUGGUCACAUUUCAAGGGCCUAAUGGUCACAGGUGGCUGCAGCCUACCAAACUGGAUAGCACAGGUCUGUACCAUCACGAAUCUAGCGCAACAAGGCAAGACCAGAUUCUAAUCCUACAACUUUUUCUGCCAAAAUAAAGAAAAACAAAAUGAAAUUCUCAUUGUGAAAAUGUUCUAGUGGGUUACACAAUAAAAGGCCUACUUUUUAGAUUUUAGCACAAUUUUCUGUCCUUCCUCACCUCCCCUCUCAGCCUAGGUUCCUCUAGCAUGAAGAGCUCUGUCAGUCUGUGAGACCAGAAAGCCAGGAAGCCUCAAUGAGAGCUCUUCAGGUUCAGCCACAACCAAACCUUUUUUGUUUCCUCUAUUUCUCAGAAUUUCAGUUCACUUAUCUCCUCUGCAAACUAACUUCCAACGCAAUUGGUAACAAAAGAGCUAUCAGAAUGCAAAAGUGUGAAGUCAAAACUAUCCUUUCUAGAAGCAACCUACGUGGGAUUUCCCAAAAUCAUAAAAUCAGACCAUGGAAAACCCAGGCUUCCUCAUAAUCUAAGAUGUUCCCAGCAGUCCACACAAUCUAGUAAGUUCACCAAUAAAAUUCUAAGAAGCAGAGAGACUGUGACCGUGGUUUUGUGAAUGCAAUUGUGUUUGAAGAAAAUAAUAUCCAAUUUGAAUUAUUAACCUCUCUUCUCUCCCUUUUGUUUUCUGUUUUAACAGAUUCUUUGGAUUUUUUUUUUUUUUUUUUUUUUUUUGGACGGUGUCAUCUUGAGGGAAAGUAAGGAUGACCAACAGUUCUACCUUCUGCCCAGUUUACAGAGACCUGGAGCCAUUCACAUAUUUUUUUUAUUUAGUUUUCCUUGUUGGAAUUAUUGGAAGUUGUUUUGCAACCUGGGCUUUCAUACAGAAAAACACAAAUCACAGGUGUGUAAGCAUAUACUUAAUUAAUUUGCUUACAGCCGAUUUCCUGCUUACUCUGGCAUUACCAGUGAAAAUCAUUGUCGACUUGGGCGUGGCACCCUGGAAGCUGAGGAUAUUCCACUGCCAAGUAACAGCCUGCCUCAUCUACAUUAAUAUGUACUUAUCAAUUAUCUUCCUAGCAUUCGUUAGCAUUGAUCGCUGUCUUCAGUUGACAUACAGCUGCAAGAUUUAUCGAAUACAAGAACCUGGAUUUGCCAAAAUGAUAUCGGCUGUUGUAUGGUUAAUGGUCCUUCUUAUAAUGGUGCCAAACAUGAUCAUUCCCAUCAAAGACAUCAAGGAAAAGCCCAACGUGGGUUGUGUGGAAUUCAAAAAGGAGUUUGGAAGAAACUGGCAUUUGCUGACAAAUUUCAUAUGCAUAGCAAUAUUCUUAAAUUUCUCAGCCAUCAUCUUAAUAUCUAACUGCCUUGUAAUUCGACAACUCUACAGAAACAAAGAUAAUGAAAAUUAUCCAAAUGUGAAAAGAGCUCUCAUCACUAUACUUUUGGUGACUACAGGCUACAUCAUAUGUUUUGUUCCUUAUCACAUUGUCCGAAUCCCAUACACCCUCAGCCAGACAGAGGUCAUAUCUGACUGCUCCACCAGGAUUUCACUUUUCAAAGCCAAAGAGGCCACACUGCUGCUGGCUGUGUCCAACCUGUGUUUUGAUCCGAUCCUGUACUAUCAUCUCUCAAAAGCUUUCCGCUUAAAGGUCACGGAGACGUUUGCUUCACGUAAGGAGACCAAGGCUCAGAAAGAAAAAUCAAGUUGUGAAAACAAUGCAUAAAAUAUGGGAUUUUCUCAUGCUUUCUAAGUUGUGAAAACAAUGCAUAAAAUAUGGGAUUUUCUCAUGCUAUCUUUUCCUGCCUUACUGGACAAUUGAGUCUACAAAACUGCUGGGAAGGAGGGAAAAAAGAGCCUCCAUAAGUAAAAACACAGGCAGCUAGCCAAUGUGGCUUGGUUCACUGAGAAACCCUGUUUCUAAAUGCAAGCCAAGCAGUACUCUUGCGGUUGCUGAUGCUCCUUAACCCAAACGUUUGUACGAAAAACUAAAAAGUCUUGUUGCACCAACAUAAACCCUGCAAUAUCCUUGAAAUCUAAAUGAGCUCUAUGACACAGACUGAAGUAUUCAUGAGGUAUUCAUUUAAAGGCCUGGAACUGACUUCCUGAUAGAAAUAUGCAAAAUAAUCUCCAUGUAAGUUUCCAGAAAGCCCUUCAGCAACACAAUUUAAAGUCCUUUAGAUCGCUUAAAAAAAAAAAAAAAAAAACCAGCUGAUUUUUUACAUGAAACCACCUGUGCUGUGCCUGAUUUUGUUUUAAUCCAUCACUUCGAAAAUGGUAACCUUUUAGCUCACGACUCCAAUUUUUAAUAGCUAAUUGUUUCCUACCACAAUAGCUUAAAAUUCUUUUAAGCUUUUUUUUAAGCUUAAUUUAAAAAGGCUCGGAAAUACAUGGAUAGUUUUUAAUGUACUAUAUAUCCUUAUAUACUAGCUGCAGGCUAUAAAUAAAGAUUUUCUACUGUUAGUAAUGACAAAUCCAGUGAUUUCUUAGUAUUAUUUUGUAGCAAUAUGAAAUAGACCCCAUAACAUUUUCAAGGGGGGUUGUUAAAUUAUAGUAACUGCUAAAACUACUGUUUUGGAACUCACAUCAAAGGUAUGGAAAAAUAGCACCAGUCACAUGGUCUUAAAAUAGACAGGCCGACACCACAUAGCAAGGCCUUGUCAGAAAUGCAGCACAUGCUGGGCUGAUGGGUGCCAGCCAGAUCCUGAAGAUGAGUCUGACCCCAUGUAGGGCCGGCAGUUUAAAGAAUGGGUGACGCUACUCUCAGGGUCACAACCCAUUGAUCAAAUUCUCUCAAAUGCCAGUAAUGCAGAAAGGAUUCAAUAGACGGUAUUAAAUAAAAUACUUAUUUAGGGAAAAGAAGGCUGAAAAGUUUAGACAAGAAUGCCUAAGGCUUUGUAUCUUUUUUUUGUUUCAGUUAUAAAAGCCCACAUUAAAACAAUUGGUAAUGCAUUUGCAUUAGCUGCAAGGAUUAAGAAAUGGUAUUCCUCAAACAAAAACAAACACGUAGACACAGAGAACGGGGUGAUGGUUACCAGAGGGGAAGGAUUGGGAAGGAGGAUGAAAUGGGUAAAGGGGAUCAACUGUAUGGCGACAGAGGGAAACUAAAUUUUGGGGGGUGAGCACUCUGUAAGGCAGGGGUCCCCACCCCCCCCCAGGCUGAAGACUGUUACUGGUCCGCAGCCUGUCAGGAACCGGGCCGCACAGCAGGAGACGAGGGGCGGGGCGAGCG